AUGUCAUAUUUUAAUGAUGUUGUCGAGGAGGUUGGUGAAUUGGCCAAGUUUAGUGAUUCACCAGAGUUUGAUGGGUUGAGAGAUGCUAUUUCUGAGCAGUUGUUUGAGAUUAACGGUCAAAUUAGUACUUUACAGCAAUAUGUAGGGACUCUUGAAGGGUUUUUGGCUAAAACUGGUACGAUGAAUAUGAAAGUUAUUGAUAAUAUUGAUAAGAAGACUAUUCAGAAUAUUGGUAAAGUCAGUGAAUUGGUUAAGAAAGUGAAUACUGACGUUGUGAUGUUGGAUAAAAUCGAUGUGAAUGAGUUGGAUAAGUUACAAGUCUUGGCAAGGGACAAACUUACAAGGGAUCUAAGCUAUUCACUAAGGGAGUUUCAAAAUAUACAACAGGGAUAUACAAAGGUUAUUAAAUCGAUUAAUGAUAGAGCUAGAUCGGAACUUGAUAACCAAAAUUCUGCUGCUUUAAUGUUGGAGGAGGAAGGAGAAACAGGUUCGAAUAGGCAACCAGACACUUCAACUUCCGCUAAAAACAUUGUAAUUCAAAGAGAAGCUUUAAACAACGAAGAGUUUGCAUACCAACAAAACUUGAUACGACAAAGAGACGAAGAGAUUGUGAAUAUCGAAAGAGGGAUCACCGAGUUAAAUGGUCUAUUCACUGAUUUGAGUCAUGUCAUUCAACAACAGGGGUCUAUGGUGGAUAAUAUUGAGGCCAAUAUUUAUUCUGUGGCAGAUAAUACCCAGCUUGCAUCAAGAGAGCUGGAUAAAGCUUUGAGGUAUCAAAGAAAAUCAAGCAAAUGGUGCCUAUAUCUUCUCAUGUUGCUGUCAGGUAUGUUUUUUUUCAUGAUGCUCAUUAUAUUAAUUUAA